CUUUUUAGUUGCCUCCGUCAAUGUUUCUUUUUACUGUAACUUCUAUAGCUCCACUUGGAAAAUCGGCCGAAAGAAAACGACUCUGGCAUCUAGAAGAUAUUCUUUCGAUUUCAAAAGACUCUUAUGUCAUUCCAAAGGCCGUCAUUUGCAGACUGAUAAAACUUCGGGUGUUGAGAGCUGAAGCUCCAACUCUACUCUAAUUUUCGUGUCUCUUCGAUCUGAUAUUUGAUCUCUAAUCUGAAAAGAUGGCGGAGGAAACGUGUAAAAUCGCAAAAGACAUUACUGAAUUAAUAGGUAAAACCCCGUUGGUAUAUCUCAACAACAUUGUGCAUGGCUGUGUGGCCCGUGUUGCUGCCAAGCUAGAGAUGAUGGAGCCAUGCUCUAGUGUUAAAGACAGGAUUGGGUAUAGUAUGAUUGCAGAUGCAGAGGAGAAAGGCCUCAUUACACCAGGGAAAAGUGUGCUUAUUGAACCUACCAGUGGUAACACGGGCAUUGGUUUGGCCUUCAUGGCGGCAGCUAAGGGUUACAGGCUUAUCAUAACAAUGCCAGCUUCAAUGAGUCUUGAAAGAAGGAUCAUUCUCCGAGCUUUUGGAGCUGAGUUGGUCCUUACAGAUCCAGCCAGGGGCAUGAAAGGAGCUGUUCAGAAGGCUGAGGAGAUAUUAGCAAAGACACCCAAUGCUUAUAUCCUUCAACAGUUUGAAAACCCUGCCAACCCAAGGAUCCAUUAUGAGACCACUGGACCUGAGAUCUGGAAGGGCACAGCUGGGAAGGUUGAUGCCUUUGUUUCUGGAAUAGGGACUGGGGGUACAAUAACAGGGACAGCGAAAUUUCUCAAAGAGCAAAACCCUGAGAUUAAGAUUUAUGGUAUAGAACCAGCUGAAAGUGCAAUUCUUUCUGGAGGAAAGCCUGGUCCACACAAGAUACAAGGAAUUGGUGCUGGUUUUAUUCCUGGUGUUUUGGAGGUUGAUCUCAUUGAUGAAGUUCUUCAAGUAUCAAGUGAUGAAGCUAUUGAGACUGCAAAGCUUCUUGCGCUGAAGGAAGGAUUGCUGGUUGGGAUAUCAUCUGGUGCUGCAACUGCUGCUGCACUUAGGAUUGCAAAGAGGCCAGAAAAUGCUGGAAAGCUCAUUGUGGUGAUUUUCCCCAGCUUUGGUGAGCGUUACCUGUCAUCUGUGUUGUUUGAGUCUGUGAGGAGGGAAGCAGAAAACAUGAUUUUUGAGCCAUAAGAUGUCUUAAAACUUGGGGAAUAUUAAAUUUUCUUGAUGGAAUGAAAAGAAAAGCACAGAUGCGGUUUCUUUAUUGUUCUUUGUAGAUGUUGUACCACACUACCACUCUGUCCAAGUAGUUUGGAAAGCCUUUUCUUUUCUUUUCUUCUUUUUUUUUUUAUUUGAAUCUAUAAUGGACCGGGAAUUGGAAGUAUGAGUGAUGUUGAUACUCUAAAGAAAGCUUAGAAUAUAAUGUUUAUGAAGUUGCUUGCCUGCUGUUUGCUAAUAUAAUUGAUAAUUGAUUGAGA